UCUAUCUCUCUCUCUCUGUCUCCUGCGCGCUUGCGGCCCGACUCGGCCGCUCGUGCAGUGCGUGUGACACGAGCACGCCGCUAGGAUGUCCGUGAGAAUGGAGAACGUGGCCGCGCCGAGGAAGCUCAAUUACAAAAUGAUGGGUCCAAACGGGCCUCGGCCGACGUACACGGGCGCGAACGGCGGUAGUGCCGGCGGCGGCGGCGGCGGCGGCGGCGGAGGCGGAGGCGGUGGAGCCGGGAGCGGCGGCGUCGGCGUGGGACCGGCCGCGGGCGGCGGCGUCCAGGUCGGCGUCGGCGGGGCUGGUGUCGGUGGUGGCGGCGGAGGCGGCGGGGGCGGCCACGGUCUGAAGGCCGGCGUAGGCGGGGGCCCCCGCGGCGGCAACCCCGUGCAGUACAGGGCGAGCGGCGCGGCCGCGGCCUGGGGGGCGGCACCGAGCCACGCGGCGGCCGCGGCAGCGGCGGCGGCGGCGGCUGCCGGAUACCCGCCCUACACGAGGUACCCGAGCGGCGCGGCUGCGGCCGCGCAGAUACCCGUCAUCGCCCAGCAGAUACCGCCGAACCCCAACCCCUACAGUGCCACGACCUACGCCCAACACGCGUCGUAUGGGGGACAACGUGUUCCUACCGCCUCGUCUCCGGCGAACACAAACAGUAGUUCUAGCAGUGCCACAGGUAGUCAAAGCGGGACGAUGAGUACUAACCUUAGCAAUAACGCCAUGCAGAACCAACAGUCAGAGCAAUUGUCGAAAACCAACCUCUACAUACGUGGUCUCAAUCAAAACACAACAGACAAGGAUCUUGUUAAUAUGUGUUCUCAGUACGGGACUAUAACUUCGACGAAGGCGAUUCUGGACAAAAAUACAAAUAAAUGUAAAGGUUAUGGCUUUGUAGACUUUGAAUCACCGGCGGCGGCAGAGGGUGCUGUCAAAGCCCUGGUCGCCAAGGGUAUCCAAGCGCAGAUGGCGAAAGUGGGUAUCUGGUUGAUCCGUAGACUGGCCAGUGUACGUUGGUUGUGCAUGCAACAACAGGAGCAGGAUCCAACCAAUCUCUAUAUCGCCAAUCUGCCACUGUCAUUCAAAGAGAACGACGUCGAGGGUCUGCUCACUCAAUAUGGUCAAGUUAUUUCUACGCGCAUCCUACGUGAUACUUCCGGACAAAGUAAAGGCGUUGGAUUUGCAAGGAUGGAAUCCAAAGAAAAGUGUGAACAGAUCAUACAAAUGUUUAAUGGCAAGGCAUUGCAUGGAGGCAAGGAUCCUCUUUUAGUGAAAUUUGCCGACGGCGGUAACAAAAAAAAAUCUCUCUAUAAAAGCACAAUAUGGAGGGAAACGGGUGAUGUGAGUAAUUCGAAUAUGGCCCUGAACUACGACACGAGUGCGGUCGGACAAAACGGAGUGGCGACGGCCCACAUGCUACCAGCUGCGACCCUCGCCCAAUACGGCCGGCAUUACAGUCAAGCGAUGCCAGGAUACAACGUGCCUGGCACGCCCUGGGUUACGCCCUACCUCGUCCAGACUCCUCCACACAUGCAACAGGUCGACAUGAUGCCAUCGGCUGAUCCAAGCAAUCCGCAGUACAGCAUGAUUCCACAACUUACAACUCAAAUGUCCACAUUACAUCUUGGAACUGGUUCCUACAUAAGUCCGCAUCCGUACCCGUACACGACUUACCCGGCACCCAGCAUCAUUCACGCCCCUAUGGCCCUAGGCGAUUCCGAUCAGACGAGCAACGCAGCGUCACCGGACGACUCCUAUCAACAAUACCAGGCUCAGCAGCCCAAGUUCAACUAUGCGGAGGGUUACACGAGUUAGGCGAGGUACGCUUGUCGAUACGGGGAGUUACUUUAAAAAGAAAAAAAAACACAAAAAAAGAAGAAUAGAUGAGAAAAAAGAUAACAUUGCGUAAAGUCAGAUAAGAUUCUUCCUCACGAUAAAUUGACUUGCCAGCCAUCUUUUAUACAUUUUAUCCAGCAAGAUAAAAUAGGUGAAAGUAGUUGAAUAUUUUGCAACGAGUAGAGAAUGAUUGAGUGUUGACUUUAAAAAAAUAGAAGAGCGAGCAGGGCAAAGCGACACUCGCGGUGUUGAUUUAUGUACGACAUGCUAUACACACAAAUGAGAAAAAAGAAAAUUAAGGAAAAAAAAUUAAAAUAAUAAUAAUAAUAAGAAAAAAUGGCACGACAGCUCCACAAAACGCCAACACAUCGUAUAGCUGAAUAGCGACAACUAACAUAGGCAACGGGGCAGUCAUAGGCGUCAAGCUGAUAGGCUUCCAGGAUAACUUUAGGUAUUACAUUUACUAAGGAAGACGUUAAUAAGUCGUCGGAGCUAAGCGCUUGAGAGAGUGUGAAUAAAUAUUUUAACAAACUGGAAACUAUAAAGAAAAACGCUGCUUAGAAAUAUACAAAGAAAAAUGAAAAAUCUUCCCAAAUUUCAAGUUUCAGGAAAAAUCGAAUUCUGAUCCUUUGUCAAGACUAAAUGGUUUACAACGCUUGAUAGACUUUUCGGAAUCUCUGUUUAUCCUAUUUAAGAUACUUGCCUUAAUGUGCGAUUUGUACCUUUUUAUAUUGUUCACUGGCGUCUUUAUUAGAUGAAAUUGUAAUGCAGUGCCUUUGUUGACCUUUGAAUCAUUGAGGUAUUUCGUGUUCGUGUCAAUGUAAGAUAAGUGAUUUAAAUCUGUAAUUAAUCAUAAAUCGUCACGUACUUUCCA